AUGUCCGCCGAUCUCGAUUCCCUACCCAGCUUGCCCAAAAUCAAAUCGGGAUCAUUCUCCGGCCUGGCGCUCGAGCUCGUCUACCUCUCCAUCUUCGUCUUCUACGACCGCCACAACAAGAGUUGCAAGAAGUUCCUCCUGGCCUCCUCGGUGAGGUGGUGCUCUUCCGCGUCAUCAUCGUCGUCGCCCUCAUCGGCUUCCACAGCCAGCACUCCCGCAACAUCACCUUCAACGUCGCCUUGGUAUUCAACACCAUUGUCAUCUGGACAGCCUACGUACGCUCUCAUUCAAGGGAUCGACUAG